GCAAGGCCCCUCCUUUACCGAGGCCACACAACGGAUUGGGAUUUAACGCCGUUAAACAGUUUUAACGGCCACCUCCCCCCAAAAUUCUCUCUCGUGUUUUUAGGAGCCUGGUCCAAGUGCGUCCGGCUUUCUAUUUCUCUUCCGUCUGCCCGGAAAAAAAAAAACAGAAGAAUCCAAACACCACGCUCCCCAGCAAAAAGGGCCACAAAAAAUCCAUCUCUUUCUCUCUCUGGCGGGAGGGCUCCGCAUCUCGCCGGAGAAUUCCAUAGAUUCCGACGACCGGCGGAGCUGAAAGAGCAGGAGAGGGAGGAGAAAACGUGCAGCGAGUUGAACGAAGAAGGCAUAAAGAAAAGAAGAAAAAAAAUGGUUGGCGUGCAAUGCAGGGAAAAAGAGCAUCAAAGAAGCUUAAGAGGAUCUUACACGGCACAGAUGCCUAGAUGAUCCCUUCUCCAAUCCCCUUGCCUUAUGCCGUAAUUUAUUCCAUUUUUUAUAUCCUCCUCGUCUCUCCCUCCUCCUCUGCAUCCUCGGUUUAAAUUCUCCUCUCUCCUCCCUCUCCCUCUCUCUCUCUCUCUCUCUCUCUCUCUGUGUUCCUCCGUCUGGUGUCCGGCAUCGAUUUCUUACUCCAAUUGUGAUUUCGAAGUCCGCUUUCGUCUGUUCGUCGUCUGAUCGAUUACGUCGGCGGCUCAGCAACUUCAUAGUAUAAUUUUCGUCAUGCCAUCUGAGAUAAUGGACCUUAAGGGUUUGUCCUCCUCGUCGUUCUUCUCCGAUGAGAGGCAGGUUGGAUUUUGGAAGUCAGAUAACUUGCCUGAUAAUCAUGCUAGUAAGAAGUCACUCGCUUCAUCGUCUCUGGAGAAGUGUCAGACAGUGAAGUCUCUGGACCAUUCUGAAUCUUUUAUUAUGCGAGACCAGAAAGUGCAUCCUGUCUUCAAUAGACAAGCAGUGGGAGCAGAGAGAGCCUUAAGUCAUUCCUUGAACUUGUCAAGAACCAUGAACCAUGAUUCAGGAGCAAGAUCUAAUGUAAAUGUUGCAACAGCAUCUUAUUUUGGAGAAGAUGGUAAAGUCGAUAUGAUGGGAGCUCAGUAUGAGAGUAGCCUUUUCUCAAGUUCAUUGUCGGAGCUAAUGAGUAGGAAGUUAAGAUUGUCGUCGAACAAUGUACUAUAUGGCCAUUCUGUUGAUACGGUUGCCUCCCACUAUGAUGAAGAGGAAGUGUUUGAAUCCCUUGAAGAAAUUGAGGCCCAAACCAUCGGAAACCUCCUCCCUAAUGAUGACGAGUUGCUUUCUGGAGUUACUGAUGGACUUGACUAUACGGUCCAACUCAGUGCUAGGGAUGAUAUGGAGGAGUUGGACCUUUUUAGCAGUGUUGGAGGGAUGGAUUUGGGAGAUGAUGGUUUGGCAGCUGGAUUAAAGGACUCUGAGUAUCCUGGAGAAGUUUCUAAUGGUCUGCCAUGCAAUGGUUCAGUAAUUGGAGAACACCCUUAUGGUGAACAUCCUUCCCGGACGUUGUUCGUGAGAAAUAUAAACAGUAACAUUGAAGAUUCUGAGUUGAGAACCCUGUUUGAGCAAUAUGGAGACAUUUGCACUCUUUAUACAGCCUGCAAGCAUCGCGGUUUUGUUAUGAUAUCCUUUUAUGACAUUAGAGCAGCUCGUAAUGCGAUGAAAUCACUGCAGAAUAAACCAUUGAGGCGCCGGAAGCUUGACAUACAUUACUCGAUUCCAAAGGACAACUCUUCUGAGAAAGAUGUUAAUCAGGGCACCCUUGUAGUAUUUAACCUGGAUUCUUCUGUUUCAAAUGAUGAAUUAUACCAGGUUUUUGGUGUAUAUGGAGAAAUCAAAGAGAUCCGUGAAACCCCAAGCAGAAGUCAUCAUAAAUUUAUUGAAUUUUAUGACAUUAGAGCUGCAAACGCUGCUCUUAAUGCCUUAAACAACAGUGAAAUUGCUGGGAAGCAAAUUAAGCUUGAGCCAAGCCGUCCUGGAGGUGCAAGACGGAGCUUGGGGAUACAUUUAUCUCCUGAUUUGUUAGAGCAAGAUGAAUGUGGCCUGUACUUGCAGCAGACUAGCCCUCCUGACGCUAUCACUGGAUUUUCUGUUACAUCCAGUUGCACAGAUAAUGGAAGUAUCAUGGCUGUACAUGCUGCAACACAAGCUGUGUCCCUUGAAAACGCAUUCCACUAUGGGGUCUCUUCUAGCGUUCCUAACAGCUUACCUACUGCUCUGAGAGCUGAAUCAGUUGGGAAUCAGUCUGGCUUUGCUGAGUCCGUUCAUUCACCAGGCUCGUUGAACUUUGACAUCCAUGGCUCGCCAGCCUUCCAUCCUCAUUCACUUCCAGAGUAUCAUGAUGGUCUAACUAAUUCGGUCAACUGCAGUUCACCGGGCAAUGUAUCUGCAAGUAUCAAUGCCAGACCACCAGAAAGAAUUGAUAACAGGAACUUCCCCAGAGUAGGCUCCAAGGGGCACUCAAUUGAACUAAAUGAAGGUGUUUUUGGCUCUACGGGUAAUGUUAGCUGCCCUAUUCCUGGACAUCAAUAUGCAUGGAACAACUCCUAUCACCCUCAGCCUCCCGGAAUGAUAUGGCCGAACUCACCAUCAUUUGCCAAUGGACUUUCUUCAGCUCGUCCCAUUUCUGCAGUCCAUCCCCCAACACGUGUUCAUGGACUUCCUAGAGCACCAUCUCACAUGUUAAACCCAGGUUUGCCUAUACAUAACCAUCAUGUGGGGUCAGCACCAGUGGUUAUUCCUUCUCUGUGGGACAGACGACAAUCAUAUGGAGGAGAAUCCCCCGAGGCAUCUGGGCUUCAUCCAGGCUCUCUUGGGAAUAUGAGAAUCUCAAAUAACCUACCACAUUCAAUGGAAUUUGUUUCUCAUAACAUGUUCCCCCAUGUUGGUGGAAACAGCAUGGACCUGCCAAUUGCCCACAAAAAUGCAGGACUGCAAGCCCAUCAUCAGAGGUGCAUGAUGUUUCCUGGAAGAGGCCAGAUGAUUCCCAUGAUGAAUGCCUUUGAUCCGCCUACUGAGCGUGCAAGAAGUCGUAGAAAUGAAGGUAGUGUUAAUCAAGGUGACAAUAAAAAGCAGUAUGAACUUGAUGUUGAUCGCAUCAUGCGAGGAGAAGACAACCGAACAACACUUAUGUUAAAGAACAUUCCCAACAAGUAUACUUCAAAGAUGCUAUUGGCUGCAAUCGAUGAUCGCCAUCGAGGAACUUAUGAUUUCAUUUAUUUACCAAUUGAUUUUAAGAACAAAUGCAAUGUGGGAUAUGCGUUCAUCAAUAUGACCGAUCCUCAAAUGAUCGUUCCAUUUUAUCAGUCAUUCAACGGGAAGAAAUGGGAGAAGUUCAACAGUGAGAAGGUGGCAUCACUUGCAUAUGCUCGAAUUCAGGGAAAAGCUGCUCUGAUAGCACAUUUCCAGAACUCAAGCUUGAUGAAUGAGGAUAAGCGAUGUCGUCCCAUUCUCUUCAAUACUGGUGGCCCAAAUGCCGGUGAUCAGGUGCCCUUCCCAAUGGGGGUUAAUGUUCGCACACGACCUGGAAAAGCUCGAACAGUCACCCACGAGGAGUGCCAUGUAGGAAGUCCACCAAGUUUUGGAGACGAGGACCAUUCUUACAGCGGAGAGACAUCUGCAGGUUCUGCCAAGGAAUCAGACUAAGCGCCGCAUAUUUUUUCCAGGCACUAACCUUACAGUACAGAAGUUCUAAUUUGCUUCCACCCUGAACUUUGGCGACGCAUAUUUUGGGUGGCUAAAGAGAGGGCCGAGGAAAGAUCUUGCGGUGUUUUUACAAGCCCGUUGAAACCUUAAGAGGACGAAUGCUUAGCCAAAACUAAGCGAUUUUCCAGUUUUUUUUUCACCAUUUUUCUUUUUAAUUCCGAAACAGUUAGGACAAAAGACGAAAAGAAGAAAAGGAACAUCGGCUGGAGCGUCGAAAUUUUGGAUGAUCUUAAGAGUAUUUACUUUAAGAGAAACAAAAAUGUUUUGUAUGUAUAGGAGUUUCUGAGCUGGAAGAAGAGAUUGUAAACUGCGGUUUGAUGAGGUUAAUAACUACUCCGUUUUGUACUUUUUCUUUUCUGGUUUGUGUUAUUUAGUUCUUUUGGGGAGCACAUAUGUAACUAUUAAUAUAUGAGUGUUUAAUUUUUAUUUUUGAAUAAUCAAAACUCAUUAUUCUUGUA